GCCCACUCAAGCACCAUCGGAUGUCUGGCCCUAGCUUCUGAGCGUGCGCUGGCUUCUUCCGCAACACACUUCUCUCAAUGAGGUUUCAUCGAUCCUUCUAGUACGCUUGUGGUGCAUGGUGUCUUGCACGUUUCCUCUCGGAGGUCUCUCCAGCACGUCGGUGCGGAAUUAGCCGAGUUGCUGAGAGGUUCCAAAGCAACGAAUCGAUUGGUCCGACGCUGCGUUUGAUGCGCAUUCGGAUGCGCAUUCGGAGAGAUCAGAAACGCAAGAUCUGCGAGCCGGGAGUAUCCUCCACCAUGGCAUUCCCACGAGGGAGAUCCAGAAGCAUCGACAUAAGCGAAGCUACCGUCCUCCACACAUCGCUGCGUGUAAUCGAUCUCCGUAUCGACCGUAAAGCCAUACACUGUCGUACGAUGGGCCGUGUUUGUCUUUCCGUUCCUAACCACACAAAGAACAAGCGCUCAUCGGAGCACGAGAAUGAGCCGGCAUCCACCGAUACUCCUUUCGCAUGUGCAAACAAUAGCAGCCCUCUGUUGUACGGUCAUCCUGAGAAACGAACCAUCGAUUGCGACUCAAGUUCUCCCUGGAGGUCCUGGGAAUGCACUUCGUCGGGGACUCCAAUAGUUCGGUGUCGGCUCUUGAUGCCUAAGGCACUAACGCAGCACCUCGUAACGCCUCCGCAUAAACCUCAAAAUGCCCUCACGUAGCUUCUGACUCUAUCCCGGCUAUCGUCGUCUUCCAAUAACUCGUCAUCGGUUGGAAACGUGUCCAUCAUCGUACGAUAUCGCGUCAUGCACCACAAAGCCGCCAGCUAGAGAUGCACCGGAGUGCUCGCCAAAUCGGCCCAUCAAAAGGUGUG